AUGCCUCGACCCUCGACUGGCGCCCUUCGGAAGAAGGCCGAUGCCGACAAGGUGGGCUACCUGGGGGUCUACUGGACCACCGACGACGAGAGCGUCUACUUUUCCCUGAGCGACAACGACGCCCCCUUGGAUUUUGAGACCAUCAACGGUGGCAAGCCCGUCCUGUCGCCCACCCUGGGCUCUAAGGCCAUUCGCGACGCCUCCAUCAUCGCCGGCGUCGGCGAUGACGCCGGCAAGUACUACAUCAUCGGCACCGACCUGGAUAUCGGAUCGACCAACUGGGGGGAUGCCGUGCGGACGGGGUCGCGCGGAAUCUUCGUCUGGGAGAGCACCGAUCUGGUCAACUGGACCGACGAGAGAUUGGUGACGGUCGAGGACGAAACGGCCGGCAUGGUGUGGGCUCCGGACGCCGUGUGGGAUGCGUCUCAAGAGCAAUACCUGGUGCAUUGGGCAUCCCAAUUUUAUGCCUCCGACGACCCGGACCACACCGGGGAUCCGACGACCACCCACGUCCUUCGUUAUGCAUAUACUAGCGACUUCCGCACCUUCGGCGAGCCCAAGACCUACAUCGAUCAUCAGACCAGCACGGUGAUUGACCUGGCCUUCCUGCCGGUCGAUGACGAUACUUUCCUGCGCUUCUACGUCGACGGCAACACCACGAGCCCCGUCGUGGAAGUGAGCAACGACGGUCUCUUUGGCGACUGGGCCGCGCCGACGGGCAGCGUGCGGGACAGUGCCAGCUACGAGGGACCGUAUGCCUUCUGGGACAACGUGGAAGAGGGCAAGGCGUAUCUGCUCUGCGACCGAGUCGGCAGCAGCCCCGGAAUUGCGGCGUGGGAAUCAACCGACGUAACCUCGGGCGAGUUUGCCAGAGACUCGUCCAGCGAUUUGACCUUUAUGAGACAUGGAUCCGUGCUCCCCGUCACGCAAGAGCAGUACGACGCCUUGUCAGGUCUCUAG